AACUCAGUCAAGUACACAAUAGACUACAGGAUGAGAAGAGGAUAGUACAACAUGAACGUGAUCUACUUUUGAAGAUAAAUCUACCUAAAGGUCUCACAUAUUUAAGAUCACACAAGGUGAAUGUGAUUCUGGAUGCUGAUACGGCUCAUCCACAACUCAUCGUGUCUGAUGAUGGGAAACAAGUGAGAUCUGGAAACACACAAACGAAAGGAUUGGAUGGAAACAAAGACAGAUUUACUGAUUAUCUUGCUGUUCUUGGGAAGGAUGGAUUCUCCUCAGGGUGUUUUUACUUUGAGGUGCAGAUGAAGGGACAAACUAAGUGGUAUUUAGGAGUGGCCAGAGAAUCUGCUAACAGGAAGGGCUAUUUCAGUCUGACUGCUGGCAAAGGAUACUGGAUUGUGGGACGGAGAGAUAAGGUGUUCUGGGCUUGUGAUUCUUCAUUUUUUCCUCCGCGUGUGGAUCCUCAGAGGGUCGGUGUGUUUGUGGAUUAUGAGAAGGGUCUCGUCUGCUUUUAUGAAGUGGAGUCCAUGUGUCAUAUUCACUCUUACACUGAUCAGUGUUUUAAUGAGAAACUCUACCCAUUUGUUUGUUUGGGGGAUUAUAGUAAUAAAAACUCCACACCACUGAUCAUCUGUGAUGAUUACUAAUGAGAUCAGUGAAUUUACAUGAUCAACUGAAAUAAAAGUGUAAGGUCCACGCGAUUGGCCCAAUGGAGGUAUCCAAAGGUGGAUGAAGGUUUCUUGCGUGUUCGGUCUUUUCAGCGUGCAAAGAUGUUAAAUUUAGAUUAAGUUCGAAUCUGACUCCAUUUUAUUAUGACCUCGAAUUUAGGUUGUCAUACGAAUUGGUUGUUUCUCUAUUUGUAAUUGUUAUUAUUUUAACAUUUGCUUAUUCUAUUUCACUCUUUACUUUAUAUUUACUCUUUCAUUAGGAAUCUAUGACGCUCAGGGUGCCUCAUGUCGGCCGAUUUACAUGGGCCCCACGAUCACAAACCCUCCAGUCUGAUCAUUAUUACUC